AUGGCGUCGAAGAAACCGCGGCAUCGGCCAAUCAGCAUCGACGAUGACGCAGACAUUGACUUUUCUGCAGUGACGAAGAAGGCAGCCCCGGCGAGGCCCGCCGUUCCUCCCACACUACUGCAGUGCACGGUGACAGACACGGCACAGAAACAAAAGGAGACAGCAGUGGUGCUGCAGGCAGUGGACCCAAGACUCAACUCACAGACACAUCGAGUUGCUGCACGCCGUCGUGUUGGCUUCGGUGGCGCCCCGGCGAUCCCACCAGUGUUUAAUUCAACAGCCCCACUUGCUGCCACUGGCAUGACAGCGUCUGGCGUCACGAGUAACAAUAGUGGUGGCACCGAUGAUGCCAAAAGAAGUAAGGAGCUGCUGGACGCCUUCUGGCGCGAAGAUGCGGCGCGGAAGGAGGAGGAGUCAUGCCAGACAAGACGUGAAACAUACGAGCAGCGGCUGCGAGCCCUUUGGCACGGCGAAGUUAUUACUUCGGAGGAGACCUUGAACGCAGGACGUGUUGACGCCGCGCCGCUCCAAAAAUAUUUCUUGCUGGAUCAAUUCUUUGAAGAUGGUGUUCCCGACGUGGAGCCGUGGGACCUCUGGGCGCUCUCCAUGCCACGUUAUGGAGCGGCAAACUUGGCUGCAGGGCCCCUCGAUCGUGUGCAUCACCCCGUGCUACCCGGGACACACUACUCACAGCACUACCAGCACCGAGCAGAAGAAAGACCGGUUGAGGUAAAGUUGAUGAAGACUCGGGAGGAGUUACGUGCGGAGCGUCGGGAGCGACUACGCAAGGAGAAGGAAGUUCGUGAUUACGCGAAGAAAGUUGCUCACCAGGAGCAACGAAACGAGGCGCAGUUCGGCGGCGAACUUACGGCCGCAUCGCUCGGUUCCACGGCGAAGGAUCGUCUCACCAACAACAACCUUCGCCUCAAUCUUUUUAGUGACAGCGUGAUGAAUCCACUGAGCACGGAGAAUAAAGUUUUUUCACAGUACCAAGAACGAUUUCUUGAACACCAACGCCGUAAUCACGAACGUCAUGUGGCGGCAAUUCCGCAGCAGGUUGAAAAGCGCAAGCGUGACCUCAAACGGCACUCUGAGGAACGGCCAGUCUUUAGAGUCUAUCGCAUUUACCCCAUUUUUACCCCUGCACAUCUUGGGAAGCUGCGAAACUUUGCAAAUGAUGGUCUGUUGCGUGGUUUUAUCCUUUGGGUGUGCCGGUGCGAUGCAUUGGUGGUGUUGACAGGUGGGGAGGUUGCGGUGCGGCAUUUGGAACGUUGGAUUUUGGAGAAAAUGAGGUGGGAAUCUUCUGAGACGGUUGCUGUUCGGUUGGUGACAUGUCCACUGCAGGACGCCACGACGUUUUCAUUUGUAUCAGAGAAAAGUCGAAAACGUGGAAGUCAUCCAGCACGGACGAGGGAGAAGGAGGAAGAGGGGAAGGAGGGCGAUAAGAAGAGGGUGAAUAGGGAUGAGAAGAAGAGAGAGGAUGGCACCGAGCACGUCUACAUGAACUUUGUGGAUAGUGUGCAGGAGGGUGAGAGUUUUAUGCGCUCCAUGCCAACUGAAGGGCCGUGGCGUGAUCUCUCGCACAUUUGGCGUGCCGCACUCGCACCUGGGGUUGGACGUAACACAAACUUGUCUUGA